UCAAUGGCUGCUCGGGGAACGGCACAACGCCCCAAUGGAGCUGUGCAGGGAAAAAUCUGUCAGUUUAAACUUGUACUUUUAGGUGAGUGCUAUGGUAAAUUAAGGUUUAAAAGUGUUUUUAUGCUGACAGCAUGCCAAGAGAGUAGUGUCCCGUAGCCCGGGGCUAGUGGAUUUUGCUAUUGGGCUAGUGCAUUCUGUUUUUAACUUGCCCGACGGGCAGGUGAUGUUGUUUUAGGAGUUUAAAUAACAGAAGAACUGUAAUCAAUCCUGCUCAUCAAAUUUUUUUCGGGCUAGUUGAAAUGACUUUCGGGCUAGUACAUGCUAGCUACAGCUUGCCCAAGUGGCAAGCUGUAAAACUGACUUUCUUUGCACCCCGGCUGAGGUGAUGCGUUGUUCUUGGUGUACUUGUUUUAAAAAACACUUGAAAAAUAUUUAGGCUUGCUGGGAAUAGAACCCUGAUCUCACUGAUACGGGAGGGCAGAAUGCAGCUCUUUACAAGGCCUAGUAGGAUUGGCUGUGAAAACCAGGGUUCGCAAAUACGCCAAAUUUGGCGUAUUUUAUGCCAAAAUUGUUCAGAUGACUCCACAGAGGUUACGGAGGGAGUCACUUCGACUCCAGAAAUUUUCAGUAACAAACACAGUUUUAUCCUCACCUUUUUCGCAACAAAUACAAUUUACGUUAAUUGUAAACGUUGUAAAUCUUGAUUAAAUCAUCAAAAUUAAAGAAUUAUAUGGCACGACAAAGCAGGAAGAGGGUAAAUUACGAUCAAAGUUUACUCAAUGACCGCUAUCAUGGAUUUGAGCUUUCCAGGUCAGCGGACCGCCACAGCUACUUCGUGUAUCCCUCACGGUAGUGUAUACAUGCCAGGAACACGUGCUGGAAAUUCCGAAAAUGGCUUUUGUCGUUGUGAUACUUGACUCCAAAUAUUCCAAAAUGACUCCAAAAUUUGUGAAGCAUAAGUCACAGUGACUCCACUCAUAACAAUAGACAUAAAAAUAUAACAAUGACUAUCCCUAAAACAAUGGAGCUGCUUUUUUUUUAGAACCAAUGAAUUUAGAGGUUUCUAGGAGCUGUGCACUAUCCCAAUACAGGUGCAGCGGUCUAACAAAAUGAGGUAGCAAGCCAAUAAUGGGAGCCUGUCAUUCCCAGUUGGCUUUCUAGCUCAAUUUGUUAGAGUUGCACCAGUCUUGCAGAGGUCAGGCUUUCUUUUUGCAACUGCAUAAGUUUUGGCCAGAACUGUAUCUUCUUUACAUUUAUUUGCAAUGGUUUUUUUUUAAUUGUGAAAAUUUCAGGUGAGUCAGCUGUUGGGAAGUCAAGCUUGGUUCUUAGAUUUGUAAAGGGCCAGUUCCAUGAAUACCAGGAAAGCACAAUUGGAGGUGAGAUAUUUUAAUUUCAGUGAUUACUCUUGGUUUACCCUUUUUCCCUACUGCUAACUGCAUCAGCAUAGCAGUAAAACUGCAUUUUUAUCGCCAUGCAUUCUAACCAGUAAAGUAGUAACUUGUGUAACACAGUUUGUGUUACUUUAUAUGAUACAUUAACUGAUAAAAGGAUUGACCUGACACUUGUAAAGAACAACUUGAAAAGGCUUGUAAAAGCUUUUUUACUUAUUGGUGUCCUAAUCAACAGCACAGUAAUAAUCAAUAAUGUUGAUUGGCAACUUGUGUAGUGGUUAAGCAAGAACCAUUGAGUCACUCUUUUAUUUUUUGAUUGUCUGUUUUCCCUGUCUUCAGCUGCCUUUUUAACACAGACUGUGUGCUUGGAUGAUACAACAGUUAAGUUUGAAAUAUGGGACACGGCAGGCCAAGAAAGAUAUCACAGUUUAGCUCCAAUGUACUACAGGGGGGCCCAAGCUGCUAUUGUAGUGUAUGACAUCACAAACCAGGAUACCUUUGGAAGAGCAAAGAAUUGGGUUAAAGAACUUCAGAGACAAGCCAGUCCAAAUAUUGUGAUAGCACUCGCAGGGAAUAAAGCUGACUUGUCAAGCAAGAGAAUGGUUGAAUAUGAGGUAAUGGCUGGUUUGCAUUGAGUUGAUGCUAAAAAGCAAAAGAGUGACAUCCAUAAAUUUUUAUGUUAGUACACAAUGUUCAUAUGCUUUAUUUGUUUAGGAUGCUCAAUCAUACGCUGAGGACAAUGGUCUUUUGUUCAUGGAGACAUCAGCAAAAACCGCUAUGAAUGUGAAUGAUAUAUUUUUGGCAAUAGGUGAGACUGUCAAUUCUUUUUGUAGUUAAUUUCCUCUAGAUUUCUUAACUACCACAUUGGUUCAUAGACACACCCUAAGACAAGUCAUAUAUCUUAAUUUAGCUAGGCCUUGACAAUACUUUCAACUACUUCUACAGUUGAAAUUCUCGUCAUAGAGAGCUCUUUGUUACACAGUCUUGACCCAUAGAAAAAGGAUGCAGGACUCGUCUGUAGUGUAGACAUCUAGCUUUGAUAGUAAAGUUUUAUAAUUGUAUUUGGUUUUUGUGCAUUUUUUACCAAUUUUAGUUUGGGCAUUUCCAGGAAUUUUGAUUUUCAAAAACCCUUGUAUAUACUUUCUUGCUUUAAAAUCACAGCAAAGAAACUACCGAAGAGCGAUACCGCAGCUGCUGGUCCUGCUGGUGGCGGGCGACAGCAAAGAGGAGUCGAUCUCAGGGAGACUAAUGAGUCCCACCAAGGAGGCUGCUGUAAAUAA